AGGAAAGCACCAGCAUCCUAGCCCCAGUCCCUGCAGCUCCUCCAUCUGCACAGCAGAGCUGGACGUACCAGCCAGAAUGUGGAGAGCACUGCUACUUAAACUGCUUUUUGUCUUCAUGUGCUGUGAUAGAUGGGGCCACACUGAAGGAUGUGAAUUGGGGCAGUUCCGCUGUGGGACAGGCCGAUGUAUACCUGGUGAUUGGCACUGCGACGGGACAUCAGACUGUGUGGAUGACUCUGAUGAACACGACUGCCCUCCUGUAACAUGUGAUGGCAGCCAUUUCCAGUGCCUGAGUGAUGGCGAGUGUAUCCCAGAUGUAUGGGUGUGUGAUGAUGAGGAAGACUGUGAGGAUGGCUCAGAUGAAAGGCAACACUGCCCUGGAAGAACAUGCACCAGCGGCCAGUUCACCUGCAGUAAUGGGGUGUGCAUCCCAGGAGAAUACCGAUGUGACCAUCUGGCGGACUGCUCAGAUGGCUCUGAUGAGAGAAACUGCCAUUACCUGGAGUGUACACAGCUGAGGUGUGCUAAUGGGGCCUGCUACAACCGGACUCAGCGAUGUGACCAGAUACUUGACUGCCGUGAUGGCUCUGAUGAGGCAAAUUGCACACAGCACUGCAACACAGGCCUGUUUUCGUGUCAUAACGGAGCAUGUGUUCCUCAACGCUAUGUCUGUGACCAUGACGAUGACUGUGGAGAUCGAAGUGAUGAGCUAAACUGCACAUAUCCUACAUGCAGAGGGAACUACUUUACCUGUCCCAGUGGCCGCUGUAUCCACCAGGUCUGGGUUUGUGAUGGAGAGGAUGAUUGUGAGGACAACGCUGAUGAAAAAGGCUGUGAUAAUGUGCAGCGGGAGUGUUACCCUGGAGAAUGGCCCUGUCCAUCCUCUGGCCUGUGUAUCCCCAUAAAUCAGCUGUGUGAUGGCACGGCUCACUGUCCUGAGGGAGAGGAUGAAACUAAUACCACUGCUGGCCACAACUGCAGUAUUUGGAGAUGUGCUGAGCUGAGCUGUGAGCAUCAUUGUCAUGCUUCUCCUGAAGGAGGAACCUGUUUUUGUCCUUCUGGAUAUAUAGUCAGCAGCAACAAUAGCCGCUCAUGUAUAGACUUUGAUGACUGUUCAAUGUGGGGGGCAUGUGACCAGCUGUGUGAGGACCGUAUAGGCUCCCAUCACUGCAGCUGUCGAGAGGGCUACACCCUGGAACAACACAGAUACUGCAGAGCUGAUGUCUCCACUGGAGUUCCUUCCUUGGUAUUUUCCAAUGGCAGAGACCUGCUAAUUGGUGACAUCCAUGGCAACAGCCUGCGCACUUUGGUUCAAUCACAGAACAGAGGGGUUACAGUGGGAGUGGACUUCCACUAUAAUCUCCAUAGGAUCUUCUGGACUGAUACCAUUCAGAAUAAGGUGUUUUCAGUGGAUAUGGAUGGCUCCAACAUGCAGGUGGUUUUAAAUGUAUCAGUUGACCACCCUGAGAACUUGGCGGUGGACUGGGUGAACAAUAAACUGUAUGUGGUGGAGACCAGUGUCAACAGGAUUGAUAUGGUGGACCUUGAUGGAAGUAACAGGGUCACGCUCAUCACUGAAAACCUCGGAAACCCUAGAGGUUUGGCGUUGGACCCCACUGUCGGGUAUAUGUUCUUCACAGACCGGGAGGCACUGAAUGGGCAACCAAGCCUGGAGCGAGCCUUCAUGGAUGGUACCAACCGUUAUGGGAUUAUUAGGAGUAAACUGGGCUGGCCAGCCGGUGUCACAUUGGACAUCAAGGCUAAGCGCGUGUACUGGGUUGACUGUCGCUAUGACUACAUUGAAACUGUAACAUAUGAUGGCCUUCAUAGAAAAACAGUAGUGCACGGCGGAACUGCGAUUCCACACCCAUUUGGCAUCAGUCUGUUUGAGCACCAUGUCUAUUUCACGGACUGGACCAGGUUGGCUGUGAUGAAAGCCAACAAGUUCACCGAGACCAGUCCUCAAGUGGUUUAUAGCACAUCUCAGACUCCAUAUGGAGUAGCAGUGAUACAUCAGCUGAAACAGCCACAUGUGUCAAACCCUUGUAAUGUAGACAGAUGUGAGCAGAUCUGUGUUCUGAGUCACAGGAGUGACAAUGGAGGGCUGGGUUAUCGUUGUAAAUGUCGCCUGGGCUAUGACCUACAUGCUGAUGGCAAGCAUUGUGUAGCUGUGAGGCAGUUUCUGCUGUUCUCUAGCCAGCUAGCCGUGAGAGGGAUCCCCUUUAACCUCUCCACUCAGGAAGACAUCAUCCUGCCCAUCACUGGAUCACCCUCCUACUUUGUUGGGGUGGAUUUUAGUGCUGAAGAUGAUGCUAUCUUCUUCUCUGACACAGCCAAACAUAUUAUCUACAAACAGAAAGUGGAUGGGACAGGCAGGGAGGUUUUGGCAGCCAAUAGAGUGGAUGGAGUGGAGGACCUGGCUUAUGACUGGAUAUCUAAAAACCUUUACUGGACUGACCCACGAUACAGGAGCAUAUCUGUCAUGAAGCUAGCUGACAAGUCCAGGAGAGCCAUCAUACGUAACCUCAACAACCCUAGGGCCAUUGUGGUGCAUCCUCUCAUUGGGUAUAUUUUCUGGACUGACUGGUAUCGGCCUGCGAAAAUUAUGAGGGCUUGGGGUGAUGGGUCACAUUCCCUGUCUAUUGUAAACACUACUCUUGGCUGGCCAAAUGGCCUGGCUAUUGACUGGAGCUCAAUGCGUCUGUACUGGGUGGAUGCCUUCUUUGACAAAAUUGAGCACAGCAGUUUUGAUGGAAGGAACAGGCUUACUUUGGACCGCAUAACUCAGAUGUCUCAUCCAUUCGGUCUCACCAUUUUUGAAGGCUAUGCAUAUUUCACUGACUGGCGCCUUGGUGGCAUUGUACGUGUGCGCAAGACUGAUGGUGGGGAGAUGCUUGUUAUCAGAAGAGGAAUCAGCCACAUCAUGCAUGUCAAGUCUUUUUACUCCAACUCUCAGACUGGUUCCAACCUCUGCAACAGGCCAGCAAAUCCUAAUGGAGACUGCAGCCACUUCUGCUUCCCAGCGCCAGACUCGCAGAGGGUGUGCGGCUGCCCGUAUGGCAUGAAGCUGUCACCCAACCAGCGGACAUGUGUGGAGGACCCUUCCAGUGAGCCCCCCACACUGCAGUGUGGAGCCAACUCCUUCUCCUGUGGCAACGGCAAAUGUGUCCCAAACACCUACAGAUGUGACGGUGUUGACGACUGCCAUGACAACAGUGAUGAAGUCAACUGUGGAAUUAACAACACCACUUGCUCGCCCACUGCAUUCCCCUGUGCCAAUCAGCACUGUGUACCUAUGGGAUGGCGCUGUGAUGGGCAAAAUGACUGUUUUGAUAACAGUGAUGAAAACAAUUGCCCCGUGCAAGUACCUGGAACGUGCCCUGCCAAUAUGUUUACUUGUGCCAACCACCGCUGCAUCCCACAUGUCUGGCUUUGCGACACAGAUAAUGACUGUGGGGACGGUUCAGAUGAAAUUGACUGUGACUUGGGAAACACAUGCCAACCAGGACAGUUCCAGUGUCCAGACCACCGCUGUAUAGAUCCCGACUAUGUUUGUGAUGGGGACCGGGACUGUGUGGACGGGGCAGACGAGCAGGGAUGCAUCUACAACUGCACCGUGAAUGAGUUCAAGUGCUCCAGUGGUCACCAGUGUGUCAACUUGUACUACCGAUGUGAUGGAGUCUCUGACUGCAGUGAUCGCUCAGAUGAACAAGGGUGUCCCACCAGGCCCCCAGGAAUGUGCCACCAUGAGAGCGAGUUCCAGUGCCAGUCAGAUGGGAGCUGUGUCCCGUCUAUCUGGGAGUGUGACGGUCAUCCAGACUGCGAGGACGGCAGUGAUGAACACCACGCCUGCCCACCUCACACCUGCCCUUCCACACACUUUCGCUGUAACAAUGGAAACUGUGUGUUACGCAGCUGGCUUUGCGACGGGGAGAAUGACUGCAGGGACAUGAGUGACGAACAAGACUGUCCCACGCCACCUUUCCAGUGUCCAAGCUGGCAGUGGCAAUGCCCUGGCCACAGUGUGUGCAUCAACCUUACCACAGUGUGUGACAACACUCCUGACUGCCCCAAUGGUGCUGACGAGUCUCCCCUUUGCAAUCAGGAGAGCUGUUCUGACAACAAUGCUGGCUGCACCCAUGGAUGUAUCCAAGGGCCGUUUGGGGCCCAGUGCACAUGCCCUCUGGGUUAUCAACUGAGCAAUGACUCCAAAACCUGUGAGGAUAUAGAUGAGUGUAAUCCUCCAGGACUUUGUAGCCAGCACUGCAUUAAUGAAAGAGGCUCUUUCCGCUGCCACUGCCAGGAUGGCUACACUCUCGAAGCAGACCAGCGUACCUGCAAGGCCUCAGAUUCUCGCCAGGCCUUCUUACUCGUGGCCAGUCGAAAUCAGAUUGUGCAAGAUGACAUAACCUCUCAUCCCAACGUGGUCCGUUCACUGGUUCGAGACGGACGCAACAUUGUGGCUUUAGAUUUUGACUGGGUCACUGACCGUAUCUACUGGUCCGAUACCAGCCAGGACAAAAUCUGGAGCGCUCACAAAAAUGGCACCGAUAGAACUGUGAUAUUUGAUAGUGGAGUUACUGUGACAGAGAGCCUUGCUGUGGACUGGGUGGGCAGGAACCUUUACUGGACUGACUAUAUAUUGGAGACUAUUGAAGUGUCUAAACUGGACGGCACCCACAGGAGUGUGUUAGUUAGCGAAAACGUUACCAACCCCCGAGGUCUUGUGCUGGACCCAAGGAACCGCGUUCAUCUAAUGUUCUGGACUGACUGGGGCAGGAACCCACGCAUUGAGAAGGCCAGCAUGGAUGGAAAAUUGAGGACUGUUAUUGUAAGCAACAAGCUGUACUGGCCCAACGGUCUAACUAUAGACUACCCUAACAAUUUGUUAUACUUCGCUGAUGCCUACUUGGAUUUCAUUGACUACUGCGAUUAUAACGGUAACAACAGAAAGCAAGUUCUGGCCAGUGACCUGGUACUGCAACAUCCCCACGCAAUUACCAUUUUUGAGGAUUUUGUGUAUUGGACCGACAGAUACAUCAACCGUGUGAUACGAGCUCAUAAGUGGCACGGGGAGAACCAAACAGUGAUGCUGUACAACCUCCCUCAACCCAUGGGUCUGGUGGCAGUGCACCCAGCCAGACAACCAGCAGGUGAAAACCAUUGCUUGAGGAGCCCCUGUACGCACAUCUGCCUGCUUUCUGCUGUGGGACCAAGGUAUUACUCGUGUGCCUGCCCCUCAGGCUGGACACUGGCAUCAGACCAAAUCACCUGUGCCAGAGUUGAGGAUCCCUUCCUGGUUGUUGUGAGAGACAGCAUCAUCUAUGGCAUUUCUUUGAACCCAGAUGACAAGAGUAACGAUGCUAUGGUCCCUGUUGCCGGUCUUCUUAAUGGCUAUGAUGUUGACUUUGAUGAUGCUGAACAGACCAUCUACUGGGUGGAGCACCCAGGUGAGAUCCACAGGGUGAAGUCGGAUGGUAGUAACAGGACAGAGUUUGCACCUGCAGCCAUCUUGGGCUCCCCUGUCGGCCUGGCUUUGGACUGGAUAACAGAGAACCUGUAUUACACUAAUCCAGCCACACAGUCUGUUGAGGUUUUAAAGUUGAGAGGGGAGAUACAGUACAGGAACAAACUGUACUGGACAGACUACGGAACAGAGAGUGGCAUCCCUGCCAAGGUUGCAUCUGCAGACAUGGAUGGCUUAAAUCCUGUCACCCUGUUCACCAACAACCUAGAUCACAUUGAGUUCAUCACUGUGGACAUUAGAGAGAACAAGCUGUACUGGGCUGUUACGAGCACUGGUGUGAUUGAGCGUGGUGAUCCAGAUGGGAGUAACCGUAUCACCAUAGUAACAGGUCUGUCUCACCCCUGGGGUGUGGCUGUCUAUCAAAACUACCUCUACUUCACUGACCGUGACUUUGAGGUCAUAGAACGUGUGGACAAGGCCACAGGUGCCAACAGAGUUGUGUUACGAGACAACGUUUCUGGUCUCAGAGUCCUAAAAGUUCAUUAUCGAGAGACCUCCGCCGGUACAUCAAAUGGCUGCACCAACAAUAUGGGAGCGUGUGAGCAGCUGUGCCUGCCCCGGCCGCAGGGUCUGUUUACUUGUGCGUGUGCCACAGGUUUUAAAGUCAAUGCUGACAACAGGACCUGCGCACCCUACCAGUCUUAUGUCGUUAUCUCCACUCUGUCUGCCAUCAAAGGCUUCAGUCUAGAAGGGGCAGACCACUCUGAGGCCAUGGUGCCUGUGGCUGGGAGAGGCCGUAACGCUUUACACAUUGAUGUGCACAUGGCGUCUGGUUUCAUCUACUGGUGUGACUUCAGCAGCACUGUGGCGAUGCAAAAUGGGGUCAGACGGAUCAAGCCAGAUGGCUCGGGAUUACGUAGCUUGGUAACAUCUGGAAUAGGGCGUAAUGGGAUACGAGGCAUUGCUGUUGACUGGGCUGCAGGGAACUUGUAUUUCACUAAUGCCUUCCUGACUGAGACGUAUGUGGAGGUGCUCCGCCUGAAUGCCACUUUCCGCAGGGUGCUGCUGAAGACCCAGGUGGACAUGCCACGCCAUCUUGUUGUAGACCCAAGAAACAGAUACUUGUUCUGGGCUGAUUAUGGUCAGAACCCUAAAAUUGAACGAGCACUCCUGGAUGGAACUAACCGCACAGUUUUAGUGUCAUCAGGCAUUAUCACUCCACGAGGUCUUGCUCUGGACUGGCAAACUGGCUAUGUCUACUGGGUGGACGACUCUCUGGACAUGAUUGCUCGAGUCAACCCUCAAGGAGGGGAGACAGAGAUAGUAAGGUAUGGCAGCCGCUAUCCAACUCCUUAUGGGAUCACAGUGUUUGAAAAUAGCAUCAUUUGGGUGGAUAGAAAUCUCAAGAAGGUGUUUCAAGCAAGCAAAGAGCCUGGCAACACAGAGCAGCCUGCUGUCAUUAGAGACAACAUCAACAUGCUGAGAGAUGUUACCAUCUUUGACCGGCGGGCCCAGCCAAACACUGCUCAGGAGCUUAACUACAACCCCUGUAUUGAGGCCAACGGAGGCUGUGCCCACUUCUGCUUUGCCUUACCAGGUUCUGGCACAGGCAACCAGAACAAAAGAUGCAGCUGUGCUUUUGGGGAUCUUGCAGCAGAUAACAAGACCUGUGUGGUGUCAAGAGAUGAUUAUCUUAUCUACACGACUGAGAGCACGGUGCGCAGCCUGCGCCUCGACCCACAGGAUCAUGCUUUGCCCUUCCCUGUGAUCAAUGUGCAACGUACCUCGGUAGCCCUGGAUUUUGACCUCACAGACAGGAGGGUCUACUUCACACAGAGUUCAGGUGCAGGAGCAAGCAAGAUCAGCUACAUCAGCCUGUCCUCUCCCACCUCAGGCCCUGUAGUAGUGGCUUCAGAUCUGGGAGCUCCUGAUGGUAUUGCAUAUGACUGGAUAAACAGAAGAAUUUACUACAGUGACUAUGUUAACCAGAGCAUCAGCUCCAUGUCUGUGGAUGGCUCUCAGAGGGCUAUUAUUGCCCAUGUGUCCAGGCCAAGGGCCAUCAUGUUAGAUCCCUGCAGGGGGUACAUGUAUUGGACAGACUGGGGAACCCAUGCAAAGAUUGAGCGUGCCACUUUAGGUGGAAACUUUAGAACAGAGAUUGUGAACAGCAGUCUGGUGUGGCCCAAUGGACUGACCCUGGACUAUGAAGAACAGAGACUAUAUUGGGCAGAUGCCAGCUUACAGAAGAUUGAGCGAUCCUCUCUGACGGGGUCCAAUCGGGAGGUGAUUGUCAGCACAGCCAUCUACCCCUUUGCCAUGACCAUGUUUGGCCAGUUCAUCUAUUGGACUGACUGGAACAAACGCAGCAUCUAUCGAGCCAACAAGCAUGACGGUUCUGACCAGACUGUCAUAAUUCAGAAUCUUCCAUCUCGACCAAUGGACAUCCAUGUUCUGGCCAGAAGGAAGCAAGAGCAGUGUGACAGUCCCUGCCAGCAAUUUAAUGGAGGCUGCAGCCACAUCUGUACACCAAGCCCAAACGGAGCUGAGUGUCAGUGUCCAUCAGAGGGUCGCUGGUACCUGGCUGACAACAAGCACUGUAUCCCUGAUAAUGGAACUCGAUGCCAGCCAGGCCAGUUUACCUGUAUGAAUGGCCGCUGUAUUCGUGCCCAGUGGAAAUGUGACAAUGACAAUGACUGUGGAGAUGGCAGUGAUGAGUUGGAGAGAGUCUGUGCCUUCCACACCUGUGAGCCCACAGUGUUUACUUGUGGCAAUGGGCGAUGUGUGCCCUACCACUACCGCUGUGACCACUAUGACGACUGUGGAGACAACAGUGACGAGGUGGACUGUUUGUUCAGACCAUGUGACCCCAAUACAGAGUUUGCCUGCAACAACGGACGCUGUAUUGCAAAGGACUACGUUUGCAAUGGCAUCAACAACUGCUAUGACAAUGGCACCUCUGAUGAACGAAAUUGCCCGGAGAGAACCUGCCAGCCAGAGCACACAAAAUGUCAGUCUACCAACAUUUGCAUCCCACGUUCAUAUCUGUGUGAUGGAGACAAUGACUGUGGGGAUAUGAGUGACGAGAGCCCCACACACUGUGCUACAUCCACAUGUUCCCACCGCGAGUUUCGCUGCUCCAGUGGUCGUUGCAUCCCCGCCCACUGGUACUGUGAUGGAGGGGCUGACUGCGCCGACAGCUCUGAUGAACCCCUCUCCUGCACCACACUAGUCAGAACCUGCAACACAGAUCAGUUCCGCUGCGAUGAUGGCAGGUGCAUUGCAUCAUCCUGGAUCUGUGAUGGGGACAAUGACUGUGGUGACAUGAGUGAUGAAGAUCAAAGGCAUAACUGUGCCAAUCGCACAUGUACCAGUACAGAGUUCACCUGUGUGAACAACCAGCCACCUCAGCGGAAAUGUAUCCCGCGUGAUUGGGUGUGUGAUGGAGAUGCAGACUGUGCAGAUGCAUUAGAUGAGCAUCAGAAUUGCACACGCAGAUCCUGUGGCCUCAGUGAGUUCACCUGCAGCAAUGGCCUCUGCAUACGCAGUUCAUACAGGUGUGAUCGUCGUAAUGACUGCGGAGACGGCAGUGACGAGCAGAGCUGCACCUACCAGCCAUGCCAGCAGCACCAGUUCACCUGCCAGAAUGGCCGCUGUGUGUCCCGUGACUUUGUCUGUGAUGGGGACAAUGACUGUGGUGACGAGUCUGAUGAGCUGCAGCACAUGUGUCACACACCAGCACCAACCUGCCCCCCUGGAGAGUUCCGAUGUGACAAUGGACACUGUAUCUCCCAGAGCCACGUGUGCGACAGGAACGACGACUGCUCUGACAACAGUGAUGAGAAAGGAUGCGGCAUCGAUGAAUGCACAGACCCAUCUGUCCAUCAUUGUGAUCACAAUUGCAUCGACACACCCACCAGUUUCAUUUGCACCUGUCGCCCUGGCUACCGCCUCAUGUCUGACAGCAAAACGUGUGAUGAUGUGAAUGAGUGCGCAGAGACACCAAGCGUGUGCAGCCAAGUUUGCGAGAACACUGUCGGCUCACACGUGUGUAAGUGUGCUCCAGGAUUCCUCCGAGAGCCCGAUGGCCGCAGCUGCCGUCAGAACAGCAACAUCACACCUUACCUCAUCUUCAGCAACCGCUAUUACCUGAGGAACCUGUCAACAGAUGGACAGGCCUACUCUCUGAUCCUGCAGGGCUUGACCAGUGUGGUGGCCAUGGACUUCGAUCGUGUGGACAAGCGUCUCUACUGGACUGAUGUGAAUCGCCGAGUGAUCGAGAGAAUGUCCUUCAACGGCAGUGACAGAGAGGUGGUGGUCAACGGAGUCCUGCAAGGGGAGGGCCUUGCGGUUGACUGGGUAGCCAGGAAACUCUACUGGGUGGACAGCUUCUUGGAUUGUCUCAAAGUGUCUGAACUAGAUGGGCGAUUUGUGAAGAAACUGGCUGAACACUGUGUCGAUGCCAAUAACACCUUCUGCUUUGAAAACCCCAGAGGCAUUGUGUUGCAUCCCAAAUAUGGAUUUGUAUACUGGACAGACUGGGGAUACAGAGCCUUUAUAGGCCGUGUUGGAAUGGAUGGAACCAACAAAGUAGCCAUCAUUACCACCAAGAUAGAGUGGCCUAAUGGCAUCACCAUUGACUACACUAAUGACAAGCUCUAUUGGUCUGAUGCUCAUCUCAAUUACAUUGAGUUCUCAGACUUGGAUGGUCAACACAGACACACAGUGUACAAUGGAGAUUUGCCUCACCCUUUUGCCUUAACCGUGUUUGAGGACACCGUGUACUGGACUGACUGGAACACACGCACGGUGGAGAAAGGCAACAAAUACGACGGCUCUGGUCGUCAGGCUUUAGUUAAUACCACACACAGACCAUUUGACAUCCAUGUAUGCCAUCCUUAUAGACAGCCCAUUGUAAACAAUCCCUGUGCUGUGAACAAUGGAGGCUGCUCUCACCUGUGCCUGAUCCGUCAUGGGGGGCAAGAACACACCUGUGAGUGCCCUGACCAUUUCCUGAAAGUCCAAAUAGGAGGUGUGACCCGAUGCCUUCCCAUGUGUACCAGCACCCAGUACAGAUGUGCUAACAAUGAACGCUGUAUUCCUAUCUGGUGGAAAUGUGAUGGGCAGAGGGACUGCAGGGACGGCUCAGACGAGCCCUCCACCUGCCCCAGUCGUCACUGCAGGCUCGGACAGUUUCAGUGCAGCGAUGGAAACUGCACCAGCCCGCACUUCCUUUGCAACAGCAACCACGACUGCCAUGAUGGCUCUGAUGAAGACCCUGUGCUGUGUGCUACCCACCAGUGUGAGAGCUAUCAGUGGCAGUGUGCAAAUAAGAGAUGUAUCCCCGAGUCAUGGCAAUGCGACGGCAAGGACGACUGUAGUGAUCAGUCUGAUGAGGACCCCACCCACUGCUCCACCAGGACCUGCCGACCCGGACAGUUCAAGUGCCGCAACGGACGCUGCAUUCCUCAGAUCUGGAAAUGUGAUGUUGAUGACGACUGUGGUGACAACUCUGAUGAACCAUUAGAGGAGUGCAUGGGACCAGCAUAUCGAUGCGACAACCACACAGAAUUUGACUGUAAGACCAACUACCGAUGUGUGCCCCUGUGGUCUGUAUGCAAUGGCCAGGAUGACUGCAGAGACAACAGUGAUGAGCAGAGCUGUGAUGAGGUGACCUGUGAUCCUAAUGGAGACUUCCGCUGUGACAACCACCACUGCAUCCCACUGAGGUGGAGGUGUGAUGGGGACAAUGACUGUGGGGACAACUCCGAUGAACGCAGCUGCACUCCACGCGCGUGCACAGAGAGCGAGUUUCGUUGUGAUAAUCUGCGCUGCAUUCCCGACCACUGGGUCUGUGACCAUGACAACGACUGUGAGGACAACUCGGAUGAAAGGGACUGUGAGCUGCGGACUUGUCAUCCUGGCAACUUCCAGUGUGGCAGCGGACACUGUAUCUCUGAACAUUUCAAGUGCGACGGCAAUCCCGACUGUCUGGAUUUUACAGAUGAGCUGUCAUGUCCGACCCGCUUCCCCAACGGCACAUACUGCCCCACCUUCUUGUUUGAGUGCAAGAACCAUGUAUGUGUCCAGCCUCACUGGAAAUGUGAUGGAGACAAUGACUGUGGAGACAACUCAGAUGAGGAGCUUCACCUCUGCUUGGACAUCCAGUGUGAGACCCCGUUCCGUUUCCGCUGUGAAAACAACCGCUGCAUUUACAGCCAUGAGCUGUGUAACUCUAUUGAUGACUGUGGGGACGGCUCCGACGAGAGACAGGAAAACUGCCAAAGUCCCACACAUGGCCCCUGUACAGACGAAGAGUAUAAAUGCAGUAACGGGCAAUGCAUUCCUCUGCAGUACGCCUGUGAUGAUUAUGAUGACUGUGGAGACCAGUCAGAUGAACUUGGCUGCCACCAUGGCAGCGGGCACACAUGCAGCGACAGAAUCUGUGAACACAACUGUACCAACCUGAUGGAGGGAGGCUUCCUCUGCUCCUGCAGGCCUGGUUACAAGCCCAGAACCACAGAAAAACACACCUGUGAAGAUGUGAAUGAGUGUGAAGUGUAUGGAACGUGUCCUCAGGAGUGCAAGAACUCAAAGGGCAGCUACGAGUGUUUUUGUGCUGAAGGUUUUCACUCAUUCGGUGAGCCACAUGGGACAGAGUGUGCUGCCCAGGGAAAUCCACCAGUGCUGCUCUUACCAGACAACGUUCGCAUCCGUCGUUUCAACCUCUCAUCUGAGGAGUAUUCAGAUUAUGUGGACAACGCUGAGCACAUCCAAGCCUUGGACUACCUGUGGGAUCCAGAGGAGAAAGACCUCAGUAUUGUGUACUGGACGGUUAUGGGCCGAGGAGCUCAGUUUGGCUCUAUUAAACGUGCCUACAUGACCACAUUCAACGAUCACGGUAACAACCCAGUUAAAGAGGUGGAUCUUAACCUGAGAUACAUCUCUAAUCCUGAUGGCAUCGCUGUGGACUGGGUUGGCGGACACAUUUACUGGACAGACUCGGGGACCAAUCGGAUUGAAGUGGCCAAACUGGAUGGGCGGUACAGGAAGUGGCUGAUCCACACAGACCUUGACCAGCCUGCUGCCAUUGUUGUCAAUCCAUCACUUGGAAUGAUGUACUGGACAGACUGGGGCAGACAACCCAAAAUAGAAUCUGCAUGGAUGGAUGGUCAGCACAGAGAGGUGCUGGUGAAUGAGGAGGACCUGGGUUGGCCUACUGGGCUGACUGUGGACUAUCUGAAUGGAAACAGGAUCUACUGGUGUGACUCUAAAGAAAACAUUAUUGAAUCCAUGAAACCUGAUGGCACAGACAGGAAGAUCGUCAUAUCAGGAGAUAUUGGACAUCCCUACAGUCUGGAUGUCUUUGAGGGGCAUGUGUACUGGACAACAAAGGACAAAGGUGAAGUGUGGAAGACAAACAAGUUUGGGAAAAGUAAUAAAGUCAAAGUUCUAACCGUCAACCCCUGGCUGACUCAAGUCCGCAUUUACCAGGAGCACAGACACACCCACCCAGUGCCCAACCCCUGUAAAAAUGUGUGUAGUCACCUGUGUCUCCUCCGGCCUCGCGGAUACACCUGCGCCUGCCCACAAGGCUCCUCUCCAGUGGAGUUUGACUCCAAUGAAUGUGAUGCAGCCAUUCAGGCACCUUUUCCAAUGCCCCCUGCAUGUAGAUGCAUGAACGGUGGAACCUGCUACACAGAUGAAGGCGGUCUGCCCAAGUGCAAAUGUCCAUACGGUUAUAUGGGCAGCUAUUGUGAGAUAGGGAAGUCAAGGGGCACACCAGCAGGAACAGCCAUGGCUGUUCUCCUGGCCAUCAUUAUCAUCAUCAUUACUGGAGCUUUAGCUGUUGGGGUUUUCCUCAACUACAGACGAACAGGAUCCUUCAUCCCCUCUAUGCCCAAACUACCCAGCCUCAGCAGCCUGGUGAAGUCCGCUGACACUGGGAACGGGGUGACGUUUCGCUCUGGUGACAAUGUUGAUCUCGGACCAUCACGCGUCGGAGUGUCAUUCAUGGACACAACCAUGCAGAUGGAUGACAAUAUUGCCAUGAAUGCUGGGAGACAGCCGAUGACAUUUGAGAACCCGCUAUAUGCCAAUGCUCCCGGAGUGUCCGGGGAUCCUGCUGUCAUUCAUGCUACACAGGUGACUGUUAACAUGAGUGGUGAACAGCUAGAGAACAACUUUUUGAAUCCGACUUAUCAUGGAGAUCAGGGCGCGGGGGGUGUGAACACAUCUUCUCUCAGCACCAAACCAGUUCAGGAGUCCAGGUGGAGCUUAUUCAAACGAAAAUUAAAGCCAGGUACUACAUUUGAAAACCCUUCGUACUCAGAGAUGAACGAGGACUCUGCCACCCCUGAGCCCUCUCCAUUUGUCCCCCCUGCCAAACCUCAGAAGAGGGAUCGACCCGGCACCUUCUCACCGACUGAGGACAGUUUCAGAGACACAGCCAACCUCGUUAAAGAGGACAGCGACAUCUAGCCCCCUCUCGGACAGACAGGAAUCAAAAAGAAGAAAACACUUUGCACAGAAUGUAUUUUUUUAUGUAGCCUGUGUACAAAACUCAAAUUGUUUUAGGAAAAAUGAAAUACCUUUCUAUAGAAUGAAGAAAGAUUCCCACGACUAUGCCUUCUGACAUUUCUUAAGCCAAUUCUUGUGUUAAUGUUUUGUCUUUGUUCAGAUAUACAACAUGUAUAUCUUUGCACUGAAGCUGCUGAUAGAAUUGUUAAUAAAUAUGUUGUAUAUUUGUAAAUUUGGACAGCAAGAUUUUGAAGGAAAUCUUUGAAAUAGAGCCUAAGAAUAGUUCAGCACAAUAUGACAAUAACACAUAAAAGGUGACCUGCAUUCUUAAUGUACAAUACUUGUAUGAUAGAAGGUUAUAAAAGAAAGUGUUGGAUAAUAUUUUUUGCCACUGAACAAAACUGAAGAUGCAUUUAUUUCAUCUUUCAUGUUUAUAUACCUCAUUUCAGGGCUGAAAAAUUAAAGGAGGGACAAAAAAAAUGGAUUUUAACUCGUGUGCUCCAGUAUAAAGAGAUGUGUGAUGCAUACUUAUUGUACUUAAUUUCCACCUACAGUAUGUCCCCAGACUUUUUGACUUUGAAUCAAAUGAUAAUUUUUUUUUUAAGUGGUUUUGGUACAAUGGCCAAAACAGUUUGGAACAAUACUUGAAUGUGCCCAUGUCUUAUGCAUGGAAAAUAAUUUAUGUAUAUGAUUAUCUUGAAGAGCAACACAUGAUCUGAGGAUGCAGACGUAGAGUCAUUUUAUAAACAAGCUAAAUAAAUUCUUUACCUACAGAAUGAUUUAUUUUGUACUACAAUAAGGACAACUAAAAAUCACAUUCCCACAUGGUUUAAACUGCUGCU